UCUUCCAUCUCUGUCUCCGGCACUGUCUUCUCUCCGAUAACCGCAACUUUCUCAGAGUCUAACGGAAUUUCUCUUUGAAACCCUAAUAACAGUUACCUUAGUUGAGUUCUGUAUACAAUGGAAGAGGAAGUCCAAGUGGAUGAGAAUUUUCCCUUAUUCUCCCGGAAAACUAAACCGGCCACAAAAAAACUCGUUCCUGCUCCAACCUCCAUUGAAGAAACCCCAAAGCAGCUUGACAAGGAGACUAACUCUGGUCCAACCCCUAGUUAUAUCACCUUCUCUGACUUAGGCCUCGCCGGGUGGGCUGUACAGACCUGUAAUGAGCUGGGCAUGAAGAAACCCACUCCUGUACAAUAUCACUGUAUACCCAGAAUACUCUCCGGACAGGAUGUGUUAGGUUUAGCUCAGACUGGUAGUGGAAAAACAGCUGCAUUUGCAUUGCCUAUUCUUCAUCGUUUAGCUGAAGAUCCUUAUGGGGUGUCCUGUCUUGUGGUUACUCCGACACGGGAGCUUGCGUUUCAGCUUGCCGAGCAGUUUCGGGCCCUGGGAUCCUGCUUGAAUUUGCGGUGUGCUGUGAUUGUGGGAGGAAUGGAUAUGAUAACCCAGACUAAGACUCUGAUGCAAAGACCUCAUGUGGUGAUAGCAACUCCCGGAAGGAUUAAGGUUCUCAUUGAACAGAAUCCUGAUAUUCCCCCAGUUUUCAGCAAAACUAAGUUCCUUGUCUUGGAUGAAGCAGAUAGAGUUCUAGACGUAGGCUUUGAAGAGGAGUUGAGAGCAAUCUUUCAGUGUUUGCCAAAGAAUCGACAAACUCUUCUGUUUUCUGCAACAAUGACUAGCAACCUGCAGACGCUACUUGAGCUUUCUGCAAACAAAGCAUAUUUCUAUGAGGCAUAUGAGGGAUUCAAGACUGUAGAAUCACUUAAGCAGCAGUACAUUUUUAUUCCGAAAAAUGUGAAGGAUGUCUAUCUGCAAUACAUUUUAUCCAAAAUCAAAGAUAUAGACGUUCGCUCUGCAAUUAUUUUUGUUUCCACCUGCAGGAGUUGUCAGCUUUUGGGCUUGUUGUUGGAAGAACUCGAAAUUGAUGCUGCUGCAUUGCAUUCAUACAAGUCCCAGUCACUGAGGCUUUCUGCUCUUCAUAAAUUCAAAUCUGGGCAGGUCCCAAUAUUGGUCGCUACUGAUGUCGCGAGUCGUGGUUUAGACAUUCCAACAGUUGAUCUGGUGGUAAAUUAUGACAUUCCAAGGUAUCCACAGGAUUAUGUUCAUCGUGUUGGACGUACUGCAAGAGCUGGACGAGGUGGACUUGCUGUCAGCUUUGUUACUCAGAAUGAUGUGGAUCUCAUUCAUGAAAUAGAAGCGGUGCUUGGGAAACAAUUGGAGAAAUUUGAUUGUAAAGAGAAUGAGGUGCUUGAUGAUAUAUCAAAGGUUUACAAGGCGAAGCGUGUUGCAUCAAUGAAGAUGAUGGAUGAUGGGUUUGAGGAGAAAGCAGAAAGUCGUAAAGCCCAGAAACAGAAAAUGCAAAAUGAGAGAAAGGGAAAGAGCAAAAAGCAGAAAAGAGAAAGAGUAACAAAAGAUAUAGAAGUUUGAGAUCUCCUAUAUUUGUGGAUAGCUUAGGAGAAGAGAGUUUUUUUUUUUAUGUAAAAGAGUUCUAUUUUACACAAGUGGCUAAGAUGUAUAUGAUUUGGGUUUGGUUCGGAUUUUUCAAAUAUUAAAUCAAACCAUUUGUAUCAAAUUUUUAAAUUUAUAAACAAAGUCAAAUUAAUGAAAUUUGGGUUUUUUAA